GACCUCUACAUCACAGAGGGGGGAAGAGGAAAGGUCAAUGAUGAACAUGAGGUCAGACAGAUAGAGAGAGCAUCCUGGAGAGAAGCAGCACAAGGCACACCAAUCAAAUGCAGUGAUAUCUUUAAACCCUUAUCUGAUCAAGCCAAGCCCAUUAGAACAGUGCUGACAAAGGGAGUGGCUGGCAUUGGAAAAACAGUCUCUGUGCAGAAGUUCAUUCUAGACUGGACCGAAGGAAAAGCCAAUCAUGAUGUCCAGUUCAUAUUUCCUCUUCCUUUCCGGGAGCUGAAUGUGGUGAACGAAAAAAAUCUCAGUCUGGUGGAUCUUAUUCAGCACUUUUUACCAGAAAUUAAAGAUCCCAGAGUCUUCACCAGUUCAGAGCACAGAGUCAUGUUCAUCUUUGAUGGCCUGGAUGAGUGUCGAUUUCCCUAGAUUUUCACUCCAACCCAGUUUGUUGUGAUGUGAUGGAGCCAGCCUCAGUGGACGUGCUAUUGACAAACCUCAUCAAGGGGAAUCUGCUUCCCUCUGCUCUCCUCUGGAUCACCACCAGACCAGCAGCAGCCAAUCAGAUCUCUCCUGACUGUGUGGACAAGGUGACAGAAAUAAGGGGAUUCAAUGACCCACAGACAGAGGAGUACUUCAGGAAGAGAAUCAGUGAUGAGAACCUGGCCAGUAGAACAAUCACACACCUGAAGUCAUCCAGGAGCCUCUAUAUCAUGUGCCACAUUCCAGUCUUCUGCUGGAUUUCAGCAACUGUUGUAGAGAGGACAUCAAAAGAAUCAGAGAGUGCAGCAAUGCCAAGGACUCUGACUCAAAUGUACACACACUUCCUGGUCAUUCAGACAAGCAUGAAAAAUGUCAGGUACAGAGAAGGAAAUGAGGCCAAUGAAGAGACCAUUUUAAAACUGGGGAAACUGGCUUUUCAACAGGUGGAGAAAGGCAAUCUGAUCUUCUACGAGGAAGACCUGAGAGAGUGUGGCAUUGAUGUCACAGAAGCAUCAGUGUACUCAGGUGUGUGUACUCAGAUCUUCAGAGAGGAGUCUGGGCUGUACCUGGGGAAGGUGUUCAGCUUUGUGCAUCUGAGCAUCCAAGAGUUUCUAGCAGCUUUGCAUGUGUCUGUCAGCAACAGACAGAGAAACAUGCCUGACCAACAGCAAACCUCUCAGCUCUCUGCUCUGUUCACAGCUGCAACACUGUACGACCUACACAAGACUGCAGUGGAACUGGCCUUACAAAGAAAGAAUGGACACCUGGACCUUUUCCUCCGCUUCCUAUUGGGCCUUUCACUGGAGUCCAAUCAGAUUAUCUUAAAGAACCUUCUGCCACAGAUUGGUAGCCAAACAGAUGCAGGGCAAACAGUCCAGUAUGUCAAACAGAAGAUCAGAGAUCAGCGUAGCUCAGACAGAAGGAUCAACCUGUUCUACUGUCUGAAUGAGCUGAAUCACCAUGCUGUAGUGGAGGACAUCGACAGAAGCUCAGGAACUCUAUAUGUAGACAUGCUUUUACCAGGAGAGUGGAAGACUAAGAGAUUUGAGUUUGAGAUGUCAGACCAGCAGCUGGCUGAGUUUGACCUGCAGAAAUACAUAAGGACGCCAGAGAAUGAUCAAACCGAACUCCUCAGUCCAGAUGAAGUUCUUCAGAAGCUGCUGCCAGUGGCCACAGCAUCCACAUCAGCUGAGCUGGUUAACUCUAAUCUGACAGAAAAGAGUUGUUUUUAUCUUAACUCUGCUCUGACCUCACACUCUUCAAGACUCAAACUGCUGAACCUGAGUUACAAUGAGCUGCUGGACUCAGGAGGGGGAUUUUUAUAUGCUGCUCUUUGUCAUCAAUCUUGCAAACUAGAGAAACUACAGUAAGCAUCAUUUUCAUGAAUUUUGAGUGAGCAUGUUUUGUGCACAUUUCUGUGUGUUUGUGUGUGUGUGGUAGGGGGUUAAAGGUAGCAGGUAGA